UUCGAUUUCACACUAAACAAUAUAUAGUUGAAAAAAUCUUUCAUGACAAUUGUCACAUGGAUCCAAUCCCCAAAAGUCUCUUAAUUAUCAGUAAAUACCUAAAUAUUCUCUUAUUUCCUAAUUGGAUUCACACCCAUCCUUCCUCAUUGUUUUCUCUUUUAAUGUCUAUUGAAUUAUCACAUCUAUCAGUUAUUUUUUGUUAUUACCAAAAUACUAACCUAUUAUUCAAUUAUAAAUCAUGUUUAACUAACAACUUUAGCAAGUUAGUCAUGGUUUUCAAAAACUUGUGAUAAAUCAUAGAAGUGGACAUUUUAGAGCAUUAUAUAGCUAUAUGUAUAUGCUUUGACAUUAUUAUUCUACCACAAAUCAUGAUCUAAUGCUAACCUCAAUUUCAAGUAACUCAACUACCAAACAUUAAAAAGAAAAGUCAAAAGUCAUGUAUAUAACUAACGUUAUUUUCUUGCGUUUUCUUCUUUUUUGACCAAUCAACUUUAGAUAACACAAAUUUAAAACUACUCGCCGCGAAUGACGAAUGUCCCUCCACAAUCCUCGCAUGUUUGGUCGGCCUUUUUACUACUUUGUUAAUUCUAUAAUUUCUAUUUAUACAUAAACUCACUCAAACACUAAAUACACAUCUCAAUCACUGAAGUCUCUCAGUCUCUCCUCUUUUCUCUCUUCUUUGAUGGCUUCAUUUGCUGUAAACUCAACUUUUUGUUUCCUUGUUGCUGUUUUGUGCUUCAUUGGGAACAAUGUUGAAGGUAGAGAAGGUAAGAUCUUCUUUAGCAAGUUCACUCACUUAGAUCGUCCUAACAACAAAGAGGUACAUCUAACAACAGCUCCCGCUCCCGCACCGGGCCCAGCCCAAGCCAAUGGAAGACUCGGUGACGGGCCUUUCGGGCCAGGUUCCGGUAUGAUUCCUCAAACCAAAAAAGAGUCAUGGCCGGUUUCAUCGACCACCACAGACGAAGAGUUUGAGAAAUUGAUGGCUACAUUUGACCAAGAAAAGAGCAACAACCAAUUACCUGAGGAGUUUGAGGAGGAAGAAGAGUCCCAAGAAGAUCUUAGUGAGCAAAAGGAUAAGUACAACAAUAAUGGAUACACUUACACUACCAAUAAUUAUAAUGAUAAUAGGAGAGGUUACGGUAAUGAAGAAGAGAGACAAGGUAUGAGUGAUACAAGGUUCAUGGAGAACGGUAAGUACUUCUACGACACAAGAGGUAGGAGCUCCGAAUAUAUGCCUAGUCGCAGGUACGAGAGUGCUCGAGGAAAUGAUCAUCCCAACGAGUUUGAAACUAUGGAGGAAUACUACAAGAGCUUGGAAGGUGGUCAAGAGGAGUUUGAGCCUUGAAAAGAAAAUAAACUUUUUUAUUUGAGAUACCAAAGAAGUUUUUGAGUAAGUGUUAAAUCUCAGUUUACUUGUCUUUUAUGAGAUGUGAAACCUACCAAUCACUUAUAAAGUUAUACAAUAUCAAAAGUUGUGAGUUAUGUUUGAUAUGUUUA